GAAAAAAUAAUGGAUAAAAAAUAUUCAAGUCAAAAUCAUCAAUCAGCGAGUGACACGGAAGAAAUGUACGAUGAAAACUAUUCAUGUUUUAUGUGCAAAGUGUCAUUCAAUUCACUAUUUGCACUAGUUGCACAUUUGAAGACUCACAUAGAUGAUGAUACCUUUCAUCAUAGUAAUAUUAACAGAAUAACUAAACCUUUACCUCAGUCUUUAAUAAAGCCACCAAAAUACUUUAGUACAUACAAUGGACACAUGUUAAACCAUAUUGGAGAUAAAUUACAUAAUGGUCAGGAUAAAGAAGAUAAAAGUGAAAAAUAUGCUGUUCAGGAAGCUAUUGAAAGUUCAAGACAAGAUAUUAUACAAAAUACGUUUAAAAUAGGAAAACAACAAUUAACAGAUUAUAACACUAAAGAAUACCAAAAGCUACUAGAAACUUUAAUAUUGGAAAAAAAUUCUACUGGUCAAUUUAAUGAAGCUAAAUUUAUUGGUCCAUUGUUUUUGAAAAAUGCUCUUAUCAAGAAUGGACUUGUAGAAGAAGAUAUACGUCCAAAGCAAUUUCAAGAUCAACUUAAACCUAUUGAAUGUACAUCUUGUGGAAAAUGUUUUGCAAGGUUACCAACAUCUAAUGAAGGUAAUGUUUUGCCGUCAGAACAACCAUGUUCUAGAUGUUUUCUGAUGAAAAAUGAAUCUACAUUAUUCCAACAUCAGGAUGAAAGUCAUAGGGUACUUCCACCAUACAUUUGCAAAGAAUGUUUGUGGGAAUCAGAAACAUGGUAUGAGUAUGUCCAGCAUAUGAAAAUGCAUUUGAGAUAUGCAUCAAAAUGUAGCGAGUGUGUAUAUAGCUACAUGUUGAAUAAACCAGCUAAUACCAUAUUCAUAUGUCAACUUUGUGAAAUGACUUUUGACUCUAAGGAUGAACUUAAAGUGCAUGUACAAAUACAUUUUUAA